GUCGAGUCUCAAGAUUACCAUUUAUUGCCAUCAUCUUUCUAUCCCCAAAAUGUUCACGUAAAUCAAUCAAUUAUCUUCAAAAAUGGCUGAUUUUUUCUGCAGUUUCUUGGAUUCUCGAUCUUUAAUCACCAACUUCCAAAUAUUCUUCCCUCCAAAGACAUUCGUCCCGACCAUUCCUCACUUCCACAAUCCAAGAACGACAAGGAGAAAAAGAAAACCACAACGUCUCACCCUGCUCUCCGAAUCCAAAUCUCCAACGUCCUCUUCCAGUCCAGACUAUGAUAUCAUUUCAAUCCAUGAGCAUUCUGAUGGUAGCCUUUUGUUCCGCUUUGGAGACCCAAGUGAGAUCGCGGAAAAUGUGACACCGGCGGAGCCUGGAAUUUUUAAGGAGAUUAAGGAAAAAAGUCAAGAGGGAUUUAGUAUGGUGAAGGUUUCUGAUGGAGAUAUUGAGAGAAAAGUGAUUAUAAAGAAACUAGAUAAGGAAGUAAGGAGUGCUGGCUUGACCGAGGUGGUUAAUAAAGGCAAGGAGAGCACUAGUGUUGUUGAGACAGAAAGUAAAUCCAGUGAGAAGUUAUCAGAAGAUUCAAAGAAAGUUGAAUUAGAAACCGAUACAGCUAAUUCAAUAGCUAUCAGCAAUGAAAGCAUUACUGUUGUUGAAAGAGAGGAUGAGUUCAGUGAGAAAUUAUCAGAAGAGUCAAAGCAAGUUGAAUUAGCAAUGAGUGAAGCUAAUCCAAUAGUUAUCAGCAAUGAAAGCAUUAAUGUUGUUAAGAGAGAGGAUGACUCAAGUGAGAUGUUCUCAAAAGAUUCAAAGAAAGUUGAAUUAGCCAUGAAUGAAUCUAAUCCAAUCAGUAUCGGCAAUGAAAGCGUCAGUGUUGUUGAGAGAGAGAAUGAAUCACGUGAGAAGUUAUCAGAAGAUUCAAAUGACGUUGAAUUAACUGUUCAGAUUUCAAGUAUAGAUACAGAAGAUUCUUCUGGUCGUAGUGCAGAUUUAGAAAGUGUUGGAUAUGUGGAGGAAUGUUCAAGUGAAAAGCACAAGGAUGAGAUUUCACCUCUUGGAAGUGUGACUGUGCUUGAUGAGAGUUCUACAGUAGAUAAUGGUAGUUCUAUUAUGGGAUCGGCAAAAGAGAAAAUUGGUGGAGAUAUGAUGCUUCAGUCGAUUCACUUGAAGCCGGACCCUGUUAAUGAUUUACCUGAUGAAAUUGUUACUGGGGAAAGUACUGGGGAAACUAUAGCAGCCACAAAUAUUUCUGCAAAUAAUCGGAGUGUGGAGGCUGGAACACGAAUUGAGACUGUAGAAGAUGGUAAAGGAAAUUAUAGGAGUUCAGUAACACCAGUUUCCCCUCAGUUGGAACUAUCUACGAGCUUGUCUCGAGACACUGCGAAUCAGAAUUUGGAAAUUGGAAUGCCAGCUGAGAUAAAUAAAGAUGGUAACACGAGUGAUACGAAUGCUGUGGCCAUGUUCCCUUUCACAGAAGCUGCUGUUGAUUUUUCUUCAGAUUCAAAGGAUCAGAAUUCUGAAGCAACUGUUGAUUCUUCUGAAGAUUCUAAGGAUAAGAAAGAGGGAACUGAGAAUGGAAUGCCAAGUAACACUGUUGAAGUUGGAAGUCAAAGUGAUAUGAUUGAGGUAAUGCCUAUUUCCCAGUUGGAAUCUGAACCAAUUCUUGACAAGGAGGCAGAUAAUGAUUCCAUGGAAGAAGCUGCUGUGGCAGAGAUGAAUGAGAGCGUAGCAAUGCUUAACAAUUCGCAGAAGUCACUUUUGGAAACAAGGACUGAUGAUGAUCACAGUGUGAGAAACAAUGAUUCUAUAGAAGCAGGUUGUGAAGUGACAGAGCUAAAAUCUAUUGAAUCUGUUGCAAGCAGAAUAAAAGCAGAUUUUGUUCUGUCUUCAGGUGCUGCUUUGUUGCCACACCCUUCUAAGGUGUUGACAGGUGGUGAAGAUGCAUAUUUCAUCAGUGGCCAAACCUGGCUUGGUGUAGCUGAUGGAGUUGGUCAGUGGUCACUAGAAGGGGUCAAUCCAGGAGUGUAUGCCCAAGAACUCAUCAAAAAUUGUGAAAACAUUGUCUCUGACUGCACUGGAGAUGCAGGGAACUUCCCUGUUAAAGUCCUUAAACACUGUGUUGGCAGAACACAGUCUCCAGGUUCCACGACAGUUUUGAUUGCUCAUUUAGAUGGUCAGGCUCUUCACGUGGCUAAUAUUGGAGACUCGGGAUUUAUAAUACUGAGGCAUGGUACUGUUUACAAGAAGUCUUCCCCUAUGUUUCACGAAUUUCAUUUUCCGGUGCAAAUUGCAAGAGGUGAUGACCCCUCUUGUCUCACGGAGGAGUACAAAGUUGAAUUAGAAGAGGGGGACGUGAUUAUUGCUGCUACUGAUGGACUUUUUGACAAUUUAUAUGACCAAGAAAUUUCAUCAAUGGUCUUGGCAUCAUUAGAUAAUGAUCAACCUCUGGAGGAAAUUGCGGAGUUAUUGGCAAUACAGGCACAGGAAGUGGGUAGGUCUGAAUCUGUCAGAAGUCCGUUUGUUGAUGCUGCUCGAGCAGCUGGAUACAUAGGUUACACUGGCGGCAAGCUAGAUGAUGUGGCUGUUAUUGUAUCAGUGGUUCGAAGACAAUAGAACUCUUACACAACACAAGGGUAGUGCUUGUUUGACACAGAGUACUAAAGAUGUCCUCUUUUGUUUUUUGUUUUUUUUUUUUUUUUUUUUUUUUUUUUUUUUUUUUAUUUUUUUUUUUUUUUUUUUUUUUUUUUUUUUUGUUUUUUUCAUUAAUACUAUCCAGUGCCACUUAACGGAACAUGCCAUUAGUUUUAUACUUUUUCCGAGUAUGCAUGAUUAUAUAGUGGAUGUAUGUUGGCGUAUUUCCUUUAAAAAGUUCCAAUUUUUCAUGCGUGAAAUAUUAGUUAAGGUCUAUAUGGAA